AUGACGAACACUUCAGAUUCCGAUCCCAACUUCAAUAUCCCAUUUGCUCCAUCGAAUGUUAUUCUUCCGAGUUACAAUCAAAACCCAAGAAGAAAACGCACCAAACUCUCCAAUAACGAAACCGGUUCUUCAUCUUCUUCUUCAUCAAGGCCUAAACCAGUCAAGAAACCAGACCCUAAUGCUCCCAAAAUCACAAGACCAUGCACCGAAUGUGGUAGACAGUUCUGGUCAAUGAAAGCACUCUUCGGACACAUGAGAUGUCACCCUGAGCGUCAAUGGCGUGGCAUCAACCCUCCUCCUAACCACCAACGAACCGCCACGUCAUCAUCAUCGUUGGCUUCGGUUGCAUCGGAGGAAGAUCAUAACAUUGCCUCUACUUUACUGAUGUUGGCUAAUGGCUCGAUGACCGGUUCAAGUGGAGCAGUGGAGGCACGGUUCGAGUGUGGUGUUUGUAAGAAAGUGUUUGGAUCACAUCAAGCGUUGGGUGGACACAGAGCAACACAUAAACAUGUUAAAGGAUGUUUCGCCAUUACAAACUUAACCGAAGAAGAUCCUGUUCCUCUCUCUCCUCCUCCUCAUCAUCAUCAUCAUCAAGAGACCGUUGAUCAAGAUCAUAAGAGCAAGAGUCAUGUGAAGUUUGUCUCAGGGAUUAAUCAUCGAUAUAACAUCUGUUCUAGAGUGUUUUCGAGUGGGCAAGCUUUAGGUGGUCACAUGAGAUGUCACUGGGAGAAAGAUCAAGAGGAGAAGAACCAAGAUUCGACUGUUAUCGAUCUCAAUGUUCCUCCUGCAAUGAACUUGCCCUCUUCUUCUUCAGACACAUUGUCAGAAUGCUCUUUAGAUCUUAGGUUAGGACUUUGA